ACUGUUAUUUCACCAUUCUUCUCCCUCCAUUCCUAUUUCCCCUACAAAACCUGUCUCCCCCCCCUCUCCCAUUUCUCCUCCUCCUCCACCACUCGCUCUCACUGAACACGGUCGCACCCACUGCUCAGUGAAGAGCGACUUGGAACUUGAGAGUUAAUCCAAGGUUGGGGAGAGGGAGAGAUGGCAGAGCAGGCGCAGAGCGGGCGUGUCACGCGGGCGGCGAGGAAGAGGGCGGCUGCUGCCGCCGUCGCCGGCCCCGGGGACCAUACUCCAGUGACCAAGAAACGGGUUGUGCUCGGCGAGCUUACAAACCAGUCCAACAUCGUGCUGCAGCCGAAGGAGCCGAGCGAGCCGCGGAAGCCCGUGAACCCCCGGGCGAAGGGGAAGGUGAAGAAGGGAGUGAGGAAGUGCGCGGUUAGGAGUAAGGUGGAGCCGGCUCGACCGGAGAAGAAAGAGGAAGGGGACUGCGGCAUUGACGUUAGAGCUGAGGAUGACGACCCUCAGAUGUGCCGAGAGUAUGCGGCUGAUAUCUAUGAGUAUCUGCGGACAAUGGAGAUCAAUCCAAAGAGGAGGCCUUUGCCCGAUUACAUGGAGAAGGUUCAAAAGGAUGUGAGCGCGAACAUGAGAGGCAUCUUGGUCGAUUGGUUGGUCGAAGUUGCGGAGGAGUACAAGCUCCUCUCUGACACCCUCUACCUCUCCAUUUCAUACAUUGACCGGUUUCUUUCUAGUAACGCUCUCAGCAGACAGAAGCUUCAGCUUCUUGGAGUUGCCUCAAUGCUCGUUUCCUCUAGAAAGUAUGAAGAGAUUAGUCCGCCUCAUGUGGAGGAGUUCUGCUACAUUACGGACAACACUUAUACCACGGAUGAGGUGCUUAAAAUGGAGUCUGAUGUACUCAAUUCCCUUAAGUUCGAAAUGGGCAAUCCCACGGUGAAGACGUUCUUGAGGAGGUUCCACAGAAUCGCCCAAGAGGGCUAUCAAACAUCAGAUCUGAAACUGGAGUUUCUGGGCUACUACCUUGCUGAGCUCAGCUUGUUGGACUACAAUUGUGUCAAGUUCCUGCCUUCUCUGGUUGCUGCAUCGGCGAUAUUUCUCGGGAGAUUUAUUAUGAAUCCAAAGACUAAACCUUGGGGUUCAGCUCUGCAACAAUACUCGGGUUACAGCUCCAUGGAUCUGAAGGAAUGUGUUCUGAUAUUGCACGACUUGUACAUGAGAAGAAGAGGUGGCUCAAUGCAAGCAGUCAGGGAAAAGUACAAGCAGCAUAAGUUCAAGUGCGUUGCAACCAUGGCCUCUCCCCCGGAGAUUCCUGCUUCCUAUUUUGAAGAUGUUUCAGAACUAUUAUAGGGCAGAGGUUCGGGAUCGGAGUUUUUAUUUGUGACUACGUGAUGAGCUGAAGCAGAAUUGUCUGCAAAUGCAUGGAAAAUCCCCGAGAGGACUAAGAAAAAUUGUGCGUGGAUGGUGCAGUAAGAGUGCAGCUGCUCUGGCUUCGGUUACUCUGAUGAGGGGAGAUUUUGCCGCGACUAGCUCGGAUAGCUGCUGACCAUGACCUACAGUUUACGCUGCGAUUUAAAAGCAAUGUUGAUCUAUCUGUGAACAGAGAUUUGCUUUACUGCUCUGAAAGAAACUGCAAUUUGUUAUUUGUAGUUCAAAAAAUUCAUAACCGGGCUUGCCCUUGUAAAUAUUUCCGAUCUCAUUUUUGCCUUUUCACGAUAUACCUAAUCAACGUGGAACAUAACGUUCCGAUUUCCAAAUAA